AGUUUGAAUCUCCACUACCUCGAUCAGAUUCUGAACAUCAAAAAGCAGAGUGUCUGCAUGGUACAUUUGAGGAACUCGGGAACUUUGGACUACCCAAGCUCUCUAGAUGAGACAGCUUAUGAAAGACUUGCAGAGGAGACGCUGGACGCCCUGGCAGAGUUCUUUGAAGACCUUGCAGACAAGCCCUAUACCCUGGAGGACUACGAUGUCUCCUUUGGGGGCGGCGUUCUAACCAUUAAACUGGGAGGGGAUCUAGGGACCUACGUGAUCAAUAAACAGACCCCGAACAAGCAAAUCUGGUUAUCUUCUCCCUGCAGUGGCCCCAAGCGCUAUGACUGGACCGGGAAGAACUGGGUGUACUCCCACGAUGGCGUGUCCCUGCAUGAGCUGCUGGCCAGGGAGCUGACUGCAGCCUUAAAGACCAAACUGGACUUGUCUUCCUUGGCCUAUUCUGGAAAAGGCGCCUGACCGUCCACCAAUUCAAAGACAUUAAAGCUAUCAGGCCAAGACCCCAGCUUUCUUCUGUGGCUGAGUGUCUGCUUUCCCUUGCCUGCUUCUGAGGACAGUCACACUGUGUGUGACAGCUCUGUGAAAAAAGUGUGUUACCUCCCACCCUG